GUUAUUACUACCUGGCGAUUAAUAACGGCAAAUUAUUGAUUGAUUUGAACAAAAAAACGACCAAAAUGUAUUCAAAAAUAUUGUUAUUGAAUUUUAUUACAGCAUCAUUAAUGAUAAUGGCUGUUUAUUGUCAUCCACCAUCUUUGAAGCAUGGAUUUCAUUCAGUCGGUGUAAAUGAUCGAAGAAUGAUUGAAGCAUUGAGAAAUGUAGAACAACAAAUGAAUGACAGAAUAGAUUCACCUAAUCUUUUCCGUGUUGAAACAAUUGAUUCUUCUUUCAUAAUGGAAAAAGUUGGAUUUCAAGCUUCAUUUUUAUAUGGUGAAACUGAAUGUAACAAAACUGAUAUCGAUCAUAUUGAUUCCUGUAAAUUUACUGGCCAUCAAAUACAUUGUCAUGCCGAAAUUCGGAAAUGGUAUGGAAAAAAUAAAAAUACGUAUGAAUUGGAAUCAUUCGAUUGUUUUCAACAUUAAAAUGGUUUUCAAUCAAUUUGUUUCAAUCAAUUAC